UUGAACUGAAUUAUGUAGAGCCAUAAAUGUUUGAGUGCAGCUUUACAAUAGUUCAAAUGAAAAGUUUGCAAUCCCUACUAUGACUACAAUUGAAAGGGACAGCGUUAACAAUUACACAGAAGCUUUGGACCAUUAAAUCAUCUUGCCAAUUAGACUCACAGCUGCCUAUGCAGAGGAGUAAUAAACAGAAGAAUGUAAGCAGGCUGAAAAAUCCUUUGUCAAAAUGAGCUCUUCCAAUGAACACUGAGCUUGCAUCUCUUUGUAUAAAUCAAAGGUCCACACUUCUAGAUUUGAUACUUUUCUAUGCAAAAUUGUAGACCCUAAUCUCUGAAAAUGGGAAUGUGAGCUCUGCUUUUUAUUAAUGCUUCACCAUUAUUGCCGCUGUGGGCAGACAUUUGAGGAAAACUACUGAUGCAUAGAAUGCUUCCUGCAAUACCUUAGCAGUAGGCUUCUCUCUAGGGUAAGGGGCAAAGAGAAAAAAUAAAAGGAUUUGCUUGCUGUGUAGCUGGGGAAGGCAGCGCAGUUGGCUCUGGCAGUGAGGGGGUUGACUGACAGUCUGCAGUGCAGUGGAGUUAGCUGGGCUCCCUAUAUGGCUGUGGAUUAGCUAUAUGCUAAUACUGAUAGGAGAAGAGGAGCUGUACGAGCACAGCAAGCUGCCAGUGGAGGCGAUCAGAGUCUUAGCAGAGCUGACUCCUCAAGAGCCAUGGCUGAAGGGGGUGAAGGAGGGGAAGAUGAAAUACAGUUCCUACGAACUGAUGAUGAAGUAGUACUUCAGUGUGUUGCCAAUAUCCACAAAGAACAACGAAAGUUCUGCCUGGCAGCUGAGGGACUUGGAAAUCGCCUGUGCUUUUUGGAGCCAACAUCAGAAGCUAAAUAUGUUCCUCCAGAUCUUUGCAUCUGUAAUUUUGUACUGGAACAGUCCCUCUCUGUCAGAGCGCUUCAAGAAAUGUUGGCUAACACAGGAGAUAAUGCCAGUGAAGGGGCAGCUCAAGGAGGUGGUCACAGAACCCUACUUUAUGGCCAUGCUAUACUACUUCGCCAUUCAUUUAGUGGAAUGUAUUUAACAUGUUUGACAACAUCAAGAUCCCAGACAGAUAAACUUGCAUUUGAUGUGGGGUUACGAGAAAAUGCAGCAGGUGAGGCAUGCUGGUGGACAAUACAUCCUGCUUCUAAACAGAGGUCAGAAGGAGAGAAAGUCCGGAUUGGUGAUGAUCUUAUCCUGGUUAGCGUGUCCUCUGAAAGAUACCUGCAUCUCUCCAUGUCAAAUGGAAACAUUCAGGUGGAUGCCUCUUUUAUGCAAACGCUGUGGAAUGUCCAUCCAACAUGCUCAGGAAGUAGUAUUACAGAAGGAUUUCUACUUGGUGGACAUGUGGUACGAUUUUUUCAUGGCCAUGAUGAGUGUUUGACAAUCCCAUCUAUGGAUCAGAAUGAUUUACAGCAAAAGAGAGUACUCUAUGAAACAGGAGGAGCUGGAGUCCGUGCAAGGUCCUUAUGGAGAGUGGAACCCCUUCGAAUAAGCUGGAGUGGAAGUAACAUCAGAUGGGGACAGCCUUUCCGCCUUCGGCACAUAACAACAGGAGAGUACUUGGCUCUGAGUGAAGAAGAAGGUCUGGUAAUGUUAGACAGAGAAAAAUCAGAUACAACAUCCACUGCCUUUUGUUUUAGAGCAUCAAAGGAACUGAAGGAAAAACAAGAUUCUUCUCAUAAACGUGAUAUAGAUGGUAUGGGAGUCCCUGAAAUAAAGUAUGGUGAUUCCAUUUGCUUUGUCCAGCAUGUAGCUAGUGCCUUGUGGCUGACUUAUAAAGCACAGGAUGCUAAAACAGCACGUUUAGGACCCUUGAAAAGAAAGGUUAUAUUACACCAAGAAGGCCACAUGGAUGAUGGUCUAACAUUACAAAGGUGUCAACAUGAAGAAUCCCAGGCUGCUCGAAUCAUUCGCAAUACUACAAGUUUAUUCAACCAAUUUAUAAGUGGAAACAACAGGAUAUCAGCACCCAUCGCCCUGCCUAUUGAGGAGAUGCUCCAGACUCUGCAAGACCUGAUUACUUAUUUCCAGCCUCCAGAAGAAGAAUUAGAACAUGAAGAUAAACAAAAUAAACUUCGUUCGCUGAAAAACAGACAAAAUCUGUUCAAGGAAGAGGGAAUGCUGGCACUUGUUCUAAACUGCAUUGAUCGUUUAAAUGAUUACAACAGUGCAGCUCAUUUAGUAGGAGUUGCAAGGGAAGUAAAUGGUACAGCAUGGAAAGAAAUUCUAAACCAUCUUUACAAAUUGCUAGCUGCCCUCAUCCGUGGUAACAGAAACAACUGUACUCAGUUUUCAGGAAACCUUGAUUGGCUGAUAAGUAAAUUGGACAGAUUGGAAUCUUCCUCAGGUAUUUUGGAAGUGUUGCACUGCAUCUUGACUGAAAGCCCAGAGGCCUUAAAUUUGAUAGCUGAGGGACAUAUCAAGUCUAUCAUCUCAUUGCUGGAUAAGCAUGGACGGAAUUACAAGGUUCUUGAUGUUCUAUGUUCUCUCUGUCUCUGUAAUGGAGUGGCCGUGCGUGCAAAUCAAAACUUGAUCUGUGACAAUCUGCUCCCUCGAAGAGAUUUGCUCUUGCAAACCCGUUUAGUUAAUGAUGUUACGAGUAUAAGGCCAAACAUAUUUUUGGGGGUUGCUGAGGGCUCUGCACAAUACAAGAAGUGGUACUUUGAACUAAUAAUCGAUCAGGUAGAUCCAUUUUUGACGGCGGAACCUACUCAUCUACGAGUUGGCUGGGCCUCUACAUCAGGUUAUGCUCCUUAUCCUGGAGGUGGUGAAGGAUGGGGAGGCAAUGGUGUUGGUGAUGACCUCUUCUCUUAUGGUUUUGAUGGCCUUCAUUUGUGGUCUGGUCGAGUAUCCAGACCCGUAGCAUCUGUCAAUCAGCAUUUGUUGGCAUCUGACGAUGUAGUUAGCUGCUGCUUAGAUUUAGGGGUUCCCAGCAUUUCAUUCCGCAUUAAUGGACAACCUGUACAGGGAAUGUUUGAGAACUUCGGUACUGAUGGAUUGUUCUUCCCUGUGGUGAGCUUCUCAGCAGGCGUCAAGGUUCGUUUCCUACUGGGUGGACGUCAUGGAGAGUUUAAGUUUUUGCCCCCCGCUGGCUAUGCUCCCUGCUAUGAAGCUUUGCUUCCGAAAGAGAAGAUGAAAUUGGAACCAGUAAAAGAGUAUAAGAGAGAUUUUGAUGGAGUUAGGGAUUUGCUGGGUACAACACAGUUCCUCUCCCAAGCUUCCUUCAUUCCUUGUCCAAUAGACACCAGCCAGAUUGUUUUGCCACUUCAUCUUGAGAAGAUCAGGGAUAAACUGGCUGAAAAUAUCCAUGAGCUAUGGGGAAUGAAUAAGAUAGAGCUUGGUUGGACAUAUGGCAAGGUACGAGAUGAUAAUAAAAGACAACACCCUUGUCUUGUGGAGUUCUCAAAAUUACCUGAAACAGAGAAGAAUUAUAACUUGCAAAUGUCAACUGAAACCCUAAAAACCCUUUUGGCCCUUGGGUGUCACAUUGUUCACUCUAAUCUAGCAGCUGAGGAAGAUCUUAAAAAAGUGAAACUUCCUAAAAACUACAUGAUGUCAAAUGGAUACAAACCUGCCCCUCUAGAUCUUUCUGAAGUUAAGUUGUUACCUUCUCAAGAAGUUUUAGUUGAUAAACUUGCAGAGAAUGCACAUAAUGUCUGGGCAAAAGACAGAAUAAAACAAGGAUGGACCUAUGGCAUUCAGCAGGACCUUAAAAACAAACGAAAUCCUCGACUGGUGCCAUAUGCAUUACUAGAUGAACGGACUAAGAAAUCAAAUAGAGAUAGUCUCCGUGAAGCUAUUCGGACAUUUGCUGGUUAUGGAUAUAAUAUUGAGCCACCAGAUCAAGAAAUAGCUGACCAAGCUAUGCAAAAAGUUAGCAUUGACAAGAUACGUUUUUUCAGGGUAGAACAGUCUUAUGCAGUGAAGACUGGAAAGUGGUACUUCGAAUUUGAAGCCGUGACGGGGGGAGAUAUGCGUGUUGGCUGGGCCAGGCCAGGAUGCCGGCCUGAUUUAGAAUUGGGAGCAGAUGAUCAGGCGUUUGUGUUUGAAGGAAGCAAAGGCCAGCGUUGGCACCAGGGUAGUGGAUUCUUUGGACGAAAUUGGCAACCAGGAGAUGUGGUCGGUUGUAUGAUAAAUUUGGAUGACAAAUCAAUGAUCUUUACUCUUAAUGGGGAGUUGCUUAUAACAAAUAAAGGUUCAGAACUUGCCUUUGCUGACUUCCAGCUAGAAAAUGGUUUUGUCCCAAUUUGCUCACUCGGUUUGUCUCAGAUUGGCCGUAUGAACCUUGGGAUGGAUGCCAGCACCUUCAAGUAUUAUACUAUGUGUGGCCUUCAAGAAGGCUUUGAACCUUUUGCUGUCAACAUGAACCGUGAUGUUGCUAUGUGGUUUAGCAAGCGCUUACCAACUUUUGUCAACGUGCCAAAAAAUCAUCCUCAUAUAGAGAUAACAAGAAUUGAUGGAACCAUUGAAAACCCACCUCGUUUAAAGGUUACCCACAGGACAUUUGGCACACAGAAUAGCAAUGCAGACAUGAUAUAUUGCCGUUUGAGCAUGCCCAUUGAGUUCCAUUCAUCUUUUAACUAUAACACUGGUGCAGAAAGUGCCUCUGCUGAUGCUUUCCAAAAAAGAAAACAGAGUCAAGAAAUAGCUGUUCCUUCAACAUACUAUUAUUCAGUGCGAAUAUUUGCUGGUCAAGACCCAUCCUCUGUUUGGGUUGGCUGGGUAACCCCUGACUACCACUACUACAGUGAAAACUUUGACCUAAAUAAAAAUUGUACAGUGACGGUUACUUUAGGAGAUGAAAGAGGCAGGGUUCAUGAAAGUGUGAAGCGUAGUAACUGUUACAUGGUUUGGGGUGGAGAUGUAACUGCUCAUUCACAGAGAUCAGGCCGCAGUAAUGUUGAUUUAGAGAUUGGAUGCCUUGUUGACCUCGCUACUGGAAUGUUAUCAUUCACUGCCAAUGGAAAAGAGCUUGGCACUUGUUAUCAGGUCGAACCAAACACAAAACUGUUUCCAGCAGCUUUUGUACAACCUACAAGCACAAACUUGGUUCAGUUUGAGCUUUGUAAAUUAAAGAACACCAUGCCUUUAUCAGCAGCAAUCUUCAAAAGUGAAGAAAAGAAUCCUGUUCCUCAGUGUCCUCCUCGCCUUGAUGUGCAAACAAUUACACCUGUUUUAUGGAGCAGAAUGCCCAACAGCUUCCUGAAGGUAGAGACUGAGCGUGUAAGUGAACGCCAUGGUUGGGUAGUGCAGUGUCUGGAGCCACUGCAAAUGAUGGCACUUCAUAUUCCUGAGGAAACGAGGUGUGUUGACAUCUUGGAGUUAUGUGAACAAGAAGAUCUGAUGAUGUUCCACUACCACACUCUAAAACUCUAUUGCUCAGUCUGUGCACUGGGUAAUUCUAGAGUUGCUUAUGCACUUUGCAGCCAUGUAGACAUAUCUCAGUUAUUUUACACAAUAGAUAAUCAGUAUUUACCUGGACUUUUACGUUCUGGAUUUUAUGACUUGCUCAUCAGUAUUCAUUUGGAACAUGCCAAGCAAGCCAAGCUUAUGAUGAACAAUGAAUUUAUUAUUCCAAUCACAGAUGAAACCAGAACUAUUGAAUUAUAUCCAGAUGAAACAAAAAAGCAUGGAUUACCUGGAGUGGGACUUAGCACUUGUUUGAAACCAGGUUAUUAUUUUUCUACUCCUUGUUUCAUUGUGACCAGUGAUGAGCACCUGAAGUCCAGUCCAGAAAUAUCACUUGACAUACUCAAAUCUAAGGCCAUAAGCAUGCUCACAGAGGCAGUACACUGUAGUGGUACUCAUAUCCGAGAUCCUGUUGGAGGGCAAGUUGAGUUCCAGUUUGUUCCUGUGCUUAAACUUAUAGGAACUUUGCUUAUAAUGGGAGUUUUUGAUGAUGAUGAUGUGAAGCAGAUUUUACUCCUCAUUGAUCCCAAUGUAUUUGGUGAACACAAGGAAGAAACAGAAGAGAAAACAGAGAAGGAAGAAGUUACACAAAUAGAAGAAAAAGCUGUAGAAGCUGGAGAAAAGGCAAUUAAGGAAACAAAAGCUCCAAUAAAAGGCUUAUUGCAAACAAGAUUACCUGAAUCUGUUAAACUCCAGAUGUGCCUGCUUCUCAAUUAUUUCUGUGACUGUGAGCUGCAACACAGGGUGGAAUCUAUUGUAUCAUUUGCAGACAAUUAUGUAUCAAAGUUGCAGUAUAAUCAGAGAUUCAGGUACAAUGAACUGAUGCAAGCUUUGAACAUGUCUGCAGCUUUGACUGCCAAGAAGACAAAGGAAUUUCGCUCCCCUGCUCAAGAACAGAUUAAUAUGUUGCUAAAUUUUCAACUGGGAGAGGACUGCCCCUGCCCAGAAGAGAUUAGAGAUGAGCUAUAUGAAUUUCAUGAUGAUCUCCUAAUACACUGUGGCAUUCCACUAGAAGAAGAGGAAGAAGAGGAGGAAGAUGGCUCAUGGACUGGUAAACUUCGCUCAUUGUUGUAUAAAAUCAAAGGUCCACCAAAAGCAGAAAAAGAAGAACCUAGAGGAGAAGAAGAAGAGAAAUCUCCCACUACCUUGAAGCAGCUCAUAUCCCAAACUAUGGUGCGUUGGGCUCAAGAAGACCAGAUGCAAGACUCAGAAUUAGUCCGGAUUAUGUACACCCUCCUUCGUAGACAGUAUGACAGCAUUGGUGAGCUGCUGCAAGCUCUGAGGAAGGCCUACACUAUUAGUGCUGCUUCUGUGCAAGAUACAAUCAACUUACUAGCAGCACUAGGUCAGAUUCGCUCCCUUCUAAGUGUCAGGAUGGGAAAAGAAGAAGAAUUGCUUAUGAUUAAUGGAUUAGGAGAUAUAAUGAACAACAAAGUGUUUUAUCAACAUCCUAACUUAAUGAGAGUGCUGGGUAUGCAUGAGACAGUUAUGGACGUAAUGGUAAAUGUGCUUGGAGGAGAUAAAUCUCAGCGGAUCAUUUUUCCUAAGAUGGUGGCAAGCUGUUGUCGAUUCCUGUGCUAUUUCUGUCGAAUCAGCCGCCAAAACCAAAAAGCCAUGUUUGAGCAUCUGAGUUAUUUGUUGGAAAACAGUAGUGUUGGGCUUGCAUUCCCAUCUAUGAGGGGUUCCACUCCACUAGAUGUUGCGGCUGCCUCUGUAAUGGACAAUAAUGAGCUUGCACUAGCUUUAGAGGAACCAGACUUAGAGAAGGUUGUUACCUAUUUGGCAGGUUGUGGCCUUCAGAGCUGCCCAGUGUUGCUAGCCAAAGGAUACCCAGACAUUGGUUGGAAUCCAAUAGAGGGAGAACGUUAUCUAACUUUUUUAAGAUUUGCAGUCUUUGUAAACAGUGAAAGUGUUGAGGAAAAUGCCAGUGUUGUUGUUAAGCUGCUUAUUCGACGUCCAGAAUGCUUUGGUCCAGACCUUAGGGGAGAAGGAGGAAAUGGUUUGCUUGCAGCUAUGCAAGAAGCUAUUAACAUCUCAGAGAACCCAGCUCGUGACCUUCCCUCUCAGGGCUAUAAAAGAGAAGGUGCUGCUGAAGAUGAAGAGGAAGAAGAGAUCGUGCACAUGGGCAAUGCAAUCAUGUCAUUUUAUUCAGCUCUCAUAGACUUGCUUGGACGUUGUGCACCAGAAAUGCAUCUUAUCCAAAGUGGGAAAGGUGAAGCUAUUCGAAUCAGGUCAAUCCUUCGUUCCCUAGUACCCACAGAAGACUUAGUUGGGAUCAUAAGCAUACCACUAAAGCUAUCAACAGUUAAUAAAGAUGGCACAGUCAAUGAGCCGGACAUGUCUGCAAGUUUCUGUCCUGACCACAAAGCACCCAUGGUGCUAUUUCUGGACCGUGUCUAUGGUAUUAAGGACCAAAGUUUCCUCCUCCACCUGCUGGAGGUUGGAUUUUUACCAGACUUAAGAGCAUCUGCCUCCCUGGAUACUGUUUCUCUGAGUACCACAGAGGCAGCUCUUGCACUAAAUAGAUACAUUUGCUCAGCUGUAUUUCCAUUACUGAAAAGGUGUGCUCCCCUCUUUUCUGGAACAGAGCAUUAUGCCUCUCUAAUUGAUUCCACACUUCAUACAAUAUAUAGACUCUCCAAAGGACGCUCCCUUACUAAAGCCCAAAGAGAUACUAUUGAAGAAUGUCUACUUGCUGUCUGUCACCACUUACGUCCUUCUAUGCUACAGCAACUAUUGCGACGGCUAGUUUUUGAUGUACCCUUACUUAAUGAAUACUGUAAAAUGCCACUCAAGCUUCUAACGAAUCACUAUGAACAAUGCUGGAAAUAUUACUGCCUCCCUUCAGGAAUGGGAAGUUAUGGAAUUGCAGCAGAAGAAGAGUUGCAUUUGACUGAGAAACUUUUCUGGGGAAUUUUUGAUUCCCUCUCUCAUAAGAAGUAUGAUCCAGAACUCUUCCGAAUGGCCUUGCCUUGUCUAAGUGCUAUAGCUGGGGCUUUACCACCAGAUUAUUUGGACACCAGAAUUAGAGCAACUUUGGAAAAGCAGACUUCACUAGACCCAGAGGGAAACUUUGAUCCCAAACCUAUCAACACAGUCAACCUCGCUCUCCCUGAGAAGUUAGAGUAUAUUGUUAGCAAGUAUGCUGAACAUUCACAUGACAAAUGGGCCUUUGACAAGACUAACAGUGGAUGGAAAUAUGGUGUUUCACUGGAUGAAAACAUGAAAACGCACCCAUUAAUAAGGCCUUUCAAAACAUUAACUGAAAAGGAAAAGGAAAUUUAUCGUUGGCCUGCAAGAGAAUCUCUUAAAACUAUGUUGGCUAUGGGAUGGAGGCUGGAAAGGACCAAGGAAGGAGAAGCAAUGGUACAGCAGCGUGAAAAUGAAAAGCUUCGCAGCAUAUCUCAGUCUAGCCAAGGAAAUGGAUACAGUCCAGCACCACUUGAUCUUUCUAAUGUUGUCCUUUCUAGGGAACUCCAGGGAAUGGUUGAGGUAAUGGCAGAAAACUAUCACAACAUUUGGGCCAAGAAGAAGAAAAUGGAAUUGGAGAGCAAAGGUGGAGGUAGUCAUCCCUUAUUGGUACCUUACGACACCUUGACAGCCAAAGAGAAAUCUCGGGACCGGGAGAAAGCACAAGAGCUGUUUAAAUUCCUUCAAGUGAAUGGUAUUGUCAUAUCUAGGGGUCUUAAUGAUAUGGAGCUGGAUGCUUCAUCCAUGGAAAAAAGGUUUGCAUUUAAGUUUCUGAAGAAGAUUUUAAAAUAUGUUGACUCUGCUCAAGAGUUCAUUGCACAUUUAGAAGCCAUCGUUACCAGUGGAAAAACAGAGAAAUCCCCACAUGAUCAAGAAAUUAAAUUUUUCGCUAAAGUUCUACUACCAUUAGUUGACCAGUACUUUACCAAUCAUUGCCUGUACUUCCUGUCAUCUCCCAUUAAGUCCCUCAGUAGCAGUGGAUAUGCUUCAAAUAAAGAAAAAGAAAUGGUAGCAAGCCUAUUCUGCAAACUUGCUGCCCUUGUUAGACAUAGGAUUUCACUUUUUGGAAGUGAUGCAACAACGGUGGUUAGCUGCCUGCAUAUAUUAGCUCAGUCACUGGAUACACGAACUGUCAUGAAAUCAGGCUCUGAGCUGGUUAAAGCUGGACUACGGGCAUUCUUUGAAAAUGCAGCUGAAGAUUUGGAAAAGACUUCAGAAAACCUUAAACUUGGAAAAUUUACUCAUUCUCGAACACAAAUUAAAGGUGUCUCACAGAAUAUCAACUAUACUACAGUAGCACUGUUACCAAUAUUGACAUCCAUGUUUGAGCAUAUUGCUCAGCAUCAUUUUGGUGUUGAUUUACUUUUGGGUGAUGUUCAAGUUUCAUGCUACAGAAUUCUUUGUAGUCUAUAUUCCCUUGGGACUGGAAAGAACAUCUAUGUAGAAAGACAGUGCCCAGCACUUGGUGAAUGUUUAGCAUCUCUUGCAGCAGCCAUUCCAGUGGCAUUCCUUGAACCUUCUCUCAACCGUUACAACCCACUCUCGGUCUUCAACACGAAAACUGCGAGAGAGCGAGCCAUUUUAGGUAUGCCAGAUACAGUAGAAGAGAUGUGUCCAGAAAUCCCUCACCUGGAUGGAUUAAUGAGAGAAAUUAAUGGUUUAGCAGAGUCUGGAGCAAGAUACACUGAAAUGCCCCAUGUGAUUGAAGUCAUUUUACCUAUGCUAUGCAACUAUUUGUCCUACUGGUGGGAAAAAGGGCCUGAAAGUAUGCCUAUAAGUGCUGGGCCCUGCUGUACAAUGAUAACCUCUGAGCACCUCAGCAUCAUUUUGGGAAACAUUUUGAAAAUCAUCAACAACAAUCUGGGAAUUGAUGAAGCAUCUUGGAUGAAAAGAAUUGCAGUUUAUGCUCAGCCCAUCAUCAGCAAAGCUAGACCUGAUUUACUGAAAACUCACUUUAUUCCAACACUGGAGAAACUGAAGAAGAAAGCCAUAAAGAUAGUGAUAGAGGAGGAACAACUGAGAGCAGACAGUAAAACUGACACCCAGGAAGCAGAGCUUCUUAUUCUAGAUGAGUUUGCAGUUCUUUGCCGAGAUCUCUAUGCCUUCUAUCCAAUGCUCAUACGUUAUGUAGACAACAACAGAGCUAAUUGGCUGAAGAAACCAGAUGCUGAUUCUGUUGAACUCUUCCGAAUGGUAGCUGAAGUCUUUAUCCUGUGGUGUAAAUCACAUAACUUCAAGAGAGAAGAACAAAAUUUUGUGAUUCAGAAUGAAAUCAACAAUUUGGCAUUUUUAACAGGAGACAGCAAGAGCAAGAUGUCUAAAUCUGGAGGACAAGACCAAGAACGAAAGAAAUCAAAGCGUAGAGGGGAUUUGUACUCAAUACAAACUUCCUUGAUUGUAGCUGCACUUAAAAAGAUGCUUCCUAUUGGUUUGAAUAUGUGCACACCUGGAGAUCAAGAGCUGAUUUCUUUGGCUAAGAUUAGAUACAGCCAUCGAGACACAGAUGAAGAAGUCAAAGAACAUUUACUUAACAACUUGCAUUUGCAGGAAAAGUCUGAAGAUCCAGCUGUGAAAUGGCAGUUAAACCUGUAUAAGGACAUUAUGAAAAGUGAUGAGCCCCCUGAUCCUGAGAAGACUGUGGAACGUGUGCAGAGGAUUUCAGCAGCUCUCUUUCACCUUGAACAGGUUGAACAACCACUAAGAUCGAAGAAAGCUGUCUGGCACAAACUCCUGUCAAAACAACGCAAAAGGGCUGUUGUCGCUUGUUUUAGGAUGGCACCAUUGUACAAUCUGCCAAGGCACCGUUCUAUUAACCUCUUCCUCCAUGGUUAUCAGAACUAUUGGAUAGAAACAGAGGAAUAUUCAUUUGAGGAGAAACUAGUUCAGGAUUUGGCUACACCACCAAGGAAAGAGGAAGAGGAAGAAGAAGAGACUGAAAAAAAACAUCCUGAUCCACUUCAUCAGAUUAUCCUUUAUUUCAGUCACAAUGCUCUCACUGAGAGAAGCAAACUAGAAGAUGAUGCUUUGUAUAUUUCCUAUUCAGCCAUGAUGGCAAAGAGCUGCCAGACUGAAGAAGAAGAAGAGGAUGAAGAGAAAGAGAAAACUUUUGAGGAGAAGGAAAUGGAAAAGCAGAAGACUCUAUAUCAGCAGGCUCGUCUACAUGACCGUGGAGCUGCUGAGAUGGUCCUUCAGAUGAUCAGUGCAAGCAAAGGUAAAAUGGGACUCAUGGUCAUUGAAACAUUAAAGCUUGGCAUUGCUAUUCUAAAUGGCGGGAACACCAUUGUUCAGCAGAAAAUGUUAGACUACCUGAAGGAGAAAAAGGAUGCUGGAUUUUUUCAGAGUCUCUCUGGCUUGAUGCAGUCUUGCAGUGUUCUUGACCUGAAUGCAUUUGAGAGACAAAAUAAAGCAGAAGGCCUUGGAAUGGUUACUGAAGAAGGAACUCUCAUCGUUCGUGAGCGUGGUGAGAAAGUGCUACAGUAUGAUGAGUUUACUCGAGAUCUGUUUAGAUUUUUGCAACUGCUCUGUGAAGGUCAUAACAAUGAUUUUCAGAAUUACCUACGUACUCAGAUGGGCAACACUACAACAGUGAAUAUUAUUAUCAGCACUGUAGACUAUCUCUUGCGUCUCCAGGAAUCGAUUAGUGAUUUCUAUUGGUACUAUUCAGGAAAAGACGUGAUUGAUGACUCUGGACAGCGUAACUUCUCUAAAGCUUUGGCCGUGACUAAACAGAUUUUUAAUUCACUUACAGAAUAUAUCCAGGGUCCUUGCAUAGGUAAUCAGCAGAGCCUGGCUCAUAGUAGGCUCUGGGAUGCUGUUGUUGGCUUCCUUCAUGUUUUUGCUAAUAUGCAGAUGAAACUCUCACAGGACUCCAGUCAGAUUGAACUGCUUAAGGAACUGUUGGAUCUUCUACAGGACAUGGUUGUGAUGCUGUUAUCGCUGCUUGAAGGUAAUGUUGUAAAUGGGACUAUUGGCAAACAGAUGGUGGACACACUGGUAGAAUCAUCUAGCAAUGUAGAAAUGAUUUUGAAGUUCUUCGACAUGUUCCUCAAGUUGAAAGAUCUAACCAAUUCAGAUGCUUUCAAAGAAUAUGAUCCAGAUGGUAAAGGCAUCAUCUCAAAAAAAGAAUUUCAGAAAUCAAUGGAAGCUCAGAAACAAUACACACAGUCAGAAAUUGAAUUCCUGCUGUCCUGUGCAGAAGCUGAUGAAAAUGAUAUGUUUAACUAUGUUGAUUUUGUGGAACGAUUCCAUGAGCCAGCCAAAGAUAUCGGAUUUAAUGUGGCAGUAUUAUUAACAAACCUUUCAGAGCACAUGCCAAAUGAUUCACGCCUUCAGAGCUUACUAGAGCCAGCAGAGAGUGUCCUUAAUUAUUUUGAACCUUACCUUGGCCGCAUUGAGAUAAUGGGUGGAGCCAAGAAAAUAGAGCGAGUUUACUUUGAAAUCAGUGAGUCCAGUAGAACACAGUGGGAGAAGCCACAAGUGAAAGAAUCCAAGAGGCAAUUUAUAUUUGAUGUUGUAAAUGAAGGUGGCGAACAAGAAAAAAUGGAACUGUUUGUGAACUUCUGCGAGGACACAAUCUUUGAAAUGCAGUUGGCAUCUCAGAUCUCUGAAUCUGAUUCAGCUGAAAGACCUGAGGAAGAGGAGGAGGAGGAACCAUAUUAUGUAAUGGAAGCUGGAGAUGAUGAAGAGGAAAAGUCCCUGGAAUCAGCCUCAGCUUUUGCAAUGGCCUGUGUUGCACUUAAGAAGAAUGUUGCCAACUUUUUAAAAAUGGUCACUUUUAAGAACUUAAGGAAACAGUACAGAAAAGUUAGAAAAAUGACUAUAAAGGAAUUGGUUAAAGUAUUUUUUUCUUUUUUCUGGAUGCUAUUUGUAGGGUUAUUCCAGCUGUUCUUCACUAUUGUAUGGGGGAUUUUCCAGAUUCUUUGGAGUACUGUGUUUGGAGGUGGCUUGGUUGAAGGAGCCAAAAACAUAAAAGUUACCAAAAUAUUAGGGGACAUGCCUGACCCAACGCAGUUUGGAAUCCAUGAUGAUGUCAUGGAAACAGAGAAAGCUGAAGGUGUUGAACAUGGCAUUAGAGCUGAACUUGUGCAGUUUGUGAAGGGUGAAAAGGGAGAAACUGACAUCAUGUCAGAUAUUUUUGGUAUUCGUACAAAGAAAGAAGGUGGCUCAAAAUACAGUCACGAUGCUGGACUUGGAGAUAUUAAGGAAAUAAUUGGUUCAGAUAGCCCUUCAUCUUUGGAAAAUGCUGUUCGGAAGAAAAAAAGAGCACAGACCUCUGAAAUAGCCAAAGAAGUUGAAAUGGAAAUAAAAACGGAAUCAGAGAAGGCUGAUAUGGAAGAUGGGGAGAAACAAGAUAAAGCAAAGGAAAUACAGUCAGAGCAUUUGGAAGAAGGGAAAAUGAAGAAAAAGAAACGAAGGCGUGGACAAAAAAUAGAGAAACCUGAGGCAGUUAUGGCUAACUUUGUUAAAGCCCUGGAAGUUUAUCAAACAAAAAUGUUGCAUUGCCUGGCUAGAAAUUUCUACAACUUAAGGUUUCUUGCUCUAUUUGUUGCAUUUGCCAUCAACUUUAUUCUGCUAUUUUACAAGGUGACAGAAGAGCCUCUUGAUGAAGUAGAGGAAGACUCUAAUCUGUGGAACUCUUUUGAUGAAGAUGAGGAGGAAGAAGGAAUGGUGUUUUUUGUUUUAGAGGAGAGUACAGGUUACAUGGCACCAACUCUCAGGGGUCUGGCCAUAAUUCAUACUGUGAUUUCCUUUGUCUGUGUGAUUGGAUAUUAUUGCCUAAAGGUUCCUCUAGUAGUAUUCAAGAGAGAGAAGGAAGUUGCCAGGAAGUUGGAAUUUGAUGGCCUGUACAUUACAGAACAACCAUCAGAGGAUGACAUUAAAGGACAAUGGGAUCGUCUGGUCAUAAACACUCCGUCCUUUCCUAACAAUUAUUGGGAUAAAUUUGUAAAACGGAAGGUUAUUAACAAGUAUGGUGACUUAUAUGGAGCAGACCGUAUUGCAGAGCUCUUGGGUUUGGACAAAAAUGCCCUGGACUUUAGUCCAGUGGAAGAAACUGAACCGGAUGAGGCAUCUCUUGUGUCAUGGUUAAGCUCUAUUGAUACAAAGUACCAUAUUUGGAAGCUUGGUGUUGUUUUCACUGACAAUUCCUUCUUAUAUUUAGCAUGGUACACAACAAUGUCAAUCCUCGGCCAUUACAACAACUUCUUCUUUGCUGCUCACUUGUUGGAUAUUGCUAUGGGUUUCAAGACACUGCGAACCAUUCUGUCUUCUGUAACUCAUAAUGGCAAACAGCUGGUGCUGACUGUAGGGCUCUUGGCUGUAGUAGUGUACCUUUAUACGGUUGUGGCAUUCAACUUCUUUCGCAAGUUCUACAACAAAAGUGAAGAUGAAGAUGAGCCAGACAUGAAGUGUGAUGACAUGAUGACGUGUUACUUGUUCCAUAUGUACGUGGGUGUGAGAGCUGGUGGUGGCAUUGGGGAUGAAAUUGAAGAUCCUGCUGGUGAUCCUUAUGAAAUGUAUCGAAUUGUCUUUGACAUCACGUUUUUCUUCUUUGUUAUUGUCAUCCUACUGGCCAUCAUUCAAGGUCUGAUUAUUGAUGCCUUUGGAGAGCUAAGAGACCAGCAAGAGCAAGUGAGAGAAGAUAUGGAGACCAAAUGUUUCAUUUGUGGAAUUGGCAAUGACUAUUUUGACACAACCCCUCAUGGCUUUGAAACACAUACUUUACAAGAGCACAACUUGGCAAAUUAUCUGUUCUUUUUAAUGUAUCUCAUUAACAAGGAUGAAACUGAGCACACUGGUCAGGAGUCGUUUGUGUGGAAGAUGUACCAAGAAAGAUGCUGGGAUUUCUUCCCAGCUGGAGACUGCUUUCGUAAACAAUAUGAGGAUCAACUUGGAUAAGAUUAUCAUCAGAGAAGAGGCUGCAUUUUUGAACUGUAAAAUCAAGUCAACAUGAAAAAACUCUUACUUUAUAUUUUUAUGGUGUAAAUUCAAAGGUCACAUUUGCUUAAUCUCUCUUUACUGUGAACUUUUUGUUUAAAAACCUACAUAAAAGCUUGACAAUAUCUAGAUAGGCUUUUUGUGCCUAGCACAUAAGAAACACAGAAGAGAGAGAAAUCUACACUGAAGACUCUGUUACUCUAAUCUUUCCAAUCCCAACAAGGACUGAAAUGAUUUUAAUUGUUUUUACUCCCACUCCUUACCCAAUGUUUGGUAGAAGAGCUGAAAGGGCUAAAAGAUGCAUCAUUUCUUACAUGCACAACAUCUAAAACUUUAGAACUUGAAUGUCAGGUGACAUGCCUCAGAUUGUGAAAAAAAUAUAUUUUAACUGCAAUCUAACGUUUUCCAUGGUAUUUGCUAGUGAAUGUAUAAAACAAAACAGCUUGAAAAGCUUUAAGCAGUUAAAAUAAAGAACAUUUUCAAACACUUUAUCGACCCUGAAAUAUCGAUUAAGUGCCUUAAAAACCUCUGUAGCCAUAGCUAUGCAAGAUUUUUAUGUUAGUGUUUUAGACUGACAGUUCUAUUAACUAUGUUGCUUUUCUGUCUUACUGUAUGAAACUGCACUUGAAGGUUAUUCUUUCAGUAACAGCUUAUUAGAUGCUGCUGUUAAAAGAAGUAUACUGUACUACACAUUCUUUACAUUUAAAUCUUAGGCCAAAAUAAAAUAAUGCUUUAUGAUCAUCUGUAAGUAGAAGCUGCUACCUUUAUGCAUUUAUUUUUCUUCAAAUAAAAUAAAGUGCCCACUGCAAUAAAAUACUACAAACCAA